ACAUUUCCACAUUGUUGCAGCAGAUAUUUCGAUGAUUUUAGAAGGCAAUUGUGGAAAUUAAAGCGAAAACAUACAAAUAAAAGAACUCGUCGACCUGUCAGAAGACUUCUUCCAACCCACCUAACCAUACCAAUGAAAAUCAAAGAAAAUAUUUAUAGUAUGCAAAGGAUUAUACGUUCUAAUAUAUUUAAACUUAUCAACAUUCCAGUCCAAAGUGUUAAAAUGUCUACAAGUAAUCCAAUCGAACAGUCAAUGAAAGCCAAGUUAUCUACAGAAUUAACACCUUCUCACUUGGAAAUAAUAAAUGAGUCUUAUAUGCAUAAUGUACCCAAAGGAUCUGAGACACAUUUCAAAGUUGUGGUUGUGUCUGACAAGUUUGCAGACCAGACUCGAAUAAAAAGACACAGAAUGGUCAAUGAAAUCUUACAGCAUGAAUUAAAGAGUGGAGUGCAUGCCUUGUCCAUUGUUGCAGAGACUCCUGAACAGUGGAAGAGCAGUGAUAAAAUUGUAGAACCUAGUCCAAAUUGUAGAGGUGGUUUUGGUAAAUAAACUUGCAAAAUUACGCAAGUUAGUAAAUUCCGGACGAUAUUUUUAAUUUAGUUUACAUGUAAACAGACAAUAUUUAAUAAAUUUAAAAAUUCACAUA